UCAAAUGUUUUGUUGUGACUACUUGUGACUAUUUUAUUUCAAAUUGCUUUUUAUAAAAAUAUUUUGAUAAAAAAUGUAAUCUCAAAGUUUUAAUACAACAAUGUGAAGUCUUCAAACAGCUUUAAGGAUAUGUAUUGGUUUCACUUGUGCAGAAAAUGGAGUAAGAAUGUUAUAAAUAUGAGAUCAAUGAAAUCAAGGUCUAAAAAUGUUGUCAGCUUAUGCGAGGUUUAUUGUCCGUUACUCGUACCUUUUUCUGUUCAUGAUCGUUGUAACAUCCACUGUCCUAACUGUAAUACCGCUAGUAUGUCACGAACUUCCUUCAUUUUCCGACCCAAUAGUUGGCUUCGAAACGAGAGGUACAACGCUAGCGCACCGUUUCAUAGCCUGGGAAAACCUUAUUGAGGAGACGCGACCCUCCAAAAGGCUUGCCGUUAAUCCUAAAGAAAUAGAAGACCAAAUUCGAAUGAACCAAUCUCACUAUAAUCGAGUCAAAACAAGAUCUGGUCGGAAGUAUGCCAGGAAACAUAAGAAGAAAAAAAUUUACAAUAACACAGGAUUUGCUACAACAUUUUAUAGCUCACCUGAUACAAAUACUACAAUCAAUCAUGUACAUUGGGGAUUUGGAAAAAAUGUGUCAUUUGAAGAUGAAAAUGCAGUUUAUCUCAAAAACCAUACAAGGAAACAGUGGAAAUCAAUUAAAAAUAUGCAGCGUCCUGACAGAUUUCAUCACAAUUAUGCUUCUGGAGUUUGCGGUGCACCUGUCGCAGACUUUGCUCACUUAGUAAUCACAUCUACGGACAAUAAAUCAAUGCUCACAUUUGAGAAUGUACAAAAGGUUUGUCAAUUGCAGACCCUCCUUAUUGAGAUUGCUGAAGAUGAGUUUUACAAUCUAUGUCAAAGAUCAUUGCAUGCUGAAGAAAUAUGCUGCCCUAUAUGGAGUGUCCCGAACUAUAUAGCUUUAAUAUCUGGUAAGAAUUCUUGUGAAAACUUAACUAAAGAUGAUGUUACAUAUGUUGUAAAUAUAUUAAAGAAAUGUGCAGGAUAUUUUCAUAACUUUACACUGAUGGCAUCUUGUGAGCUGGACCGUUGUCGAGUGCCAAAAUAUUGUUCCCAGUAUGAUGCAGUGUACAACUUAUUGUUCUAUAUAAUUGAUUCUGAUGCAUUUUCUCCUCCACAAUUUUCUGAGACAUUUGUGAAAGACGUAAUGAUAUUUUUACCUUUGCCAACAAGUAGCACAGCACUUCCGUAUUAUUUGAAAUUACAAUACUCUAAUAUAUCUUUGGAUACACUUAACAUCCCAGCUAUGGAUUUUGGAUUAAAGAAUGCUCUAUUUGACUUAUGGAUUAUUGAAGACGCUUGGCUAAUAGGGCUAGGUAGUAUCUUUGUAUUUGUAUGUGUAUGGGUUUAUACCAAAUCCUUGCUUCUUACAUUAUUGUUGUUCACAGCCAUUACAUAUUCACUUGGUGUGGCAUAUUUCUUUUAUGUGUAUGUAUUUAAUCUGGACUUUUUUCCUUUUAUGAAUCUAUUAGUUGUGGUUGUUGUGAUAGGUAUUGGGGCAGAUGAUGCAUUCCUGUAUAUCAAAGUAUGGAAAAUGAUUAGUAAGCAGUUAAUAAGGGAUAAUGUUGUUAGUGAAGAUAAUGGUUUAUCUGAUUUAAAAAAUGUUUCUAGUGCUGGUGAGACUAUACUUGUACAAAUUCUUGAAGAAACUUUGAAACAUUCGGUUACAGCUAUUUUUGUCACCACAUUGACUACUGCUGUUGCAUUUUAUGCUUCAUAUGUAAGCUACAUUCCAGCCAUUAACUGUUUCAGUGUUUUUGCUGGCACUGCAGUAUUAGUUAACUUUUUACUCAUGGUGAGUUGGUUGCCAGUAUCAGUAUUUAUAUUAGAUGUAAAAUUGUCUGUAAGUAGGUGGAUUACAUUAGGUGCAAUUAGUAAAACUAUUAAUGAGAUUGGAGAAGAUAUCAAUGUUAUAUUAAAUAGAUUUAUUAUCACUUGUGUAAUGCGGUUGCACACAGGUUUUGUAGUAAUCUUGGGUGCUAUUGGAGUCUACAGUAUAGUUGUAGUAUUUUAUCAUCCUGGACUUCAGCUACCUGAUUCAAAACAGUUCCAACUUUUUCAGACAUUGCAUCCCUUUGAACAGUAUGAUAUGAAUUAUAGAGACAAGUUUCUCUUUGAAAGAUUUGGCAAUGAUAUUGGAAUUGGUAGUAAAAUGCCUCUACGGUGGAUAUGGGGGGUAAAAGCUAUUGACAAUGGUAAUCAUAUGGAUCCAUUUUCAAAGGGCAAACUAAUUUUUGAUGAAAAUUUUAGUGUGUCAAAUCCAAAAUCACAAUCAUGGUUGUUGGAGUUCUGUUCUAAAAUUAAAAGUCAACCAUUUUAUCAGCAAACACUAGGCCCAUUGUUACCUAAUUGUUUUAUUGAAAGUUUCAAAAUGUAUAUGAGCCGAAGGUGCAUUGAUAGUAUUGACAAGAUAAAUAGAACACCAUGUUGUGAAUCAUCACAUUUCCCAUAUACUACUGAAGUUUUCGACUUUUGCAUAAUAAAAGCAAUGGAGUCCCUUUAUCAAACGCCUCGCGAAAUUUUUAUGCCAGGUGUAGCAGGACCCAAAUUUUUAAGAAGUGCAUACCCCCCUGCUGUAUCUGCUAUUGUUAUAGAAUUCGAAAGUGUAAUUCCCUAUUCAAUGUCCUUUAAAGCAAUGGAUGAUUUUUUCGUGCAAGUAGAAAAUUGGACUAAAAACGAAUUAAAGGAUGCACCUCCAGGACUGAAACAUGGCUGGUUUCUCUCUGAUUUGCAAUUUUACGAUCUCCAAGGAACUUUAGCAAGUGGAACAGUGUUAGCCUUGUUGCUAUCUGCUGGUUUAGGUUUCAUGGUACUUAUACCAUCAACGUCUAAUUUCACUGUUAGUGUAUGCUCUCUGUUAGCUAUAGUCUUUUCUUCAACUGUUACAAUAGCUGUGCUUGUUUUGAAUAAUUGGAAAUUAAAUAUAUUAGAAAGUGUAGCAAUAUCGACAUCGGCAGGGUUAGCUGUAGAUUUUAGUCUACAUUAUGCACUAAGUUUUACAAACGCUUGUGGCACAAAAGCAGCUAGAGUUAAGUCUGCACUUUCAACAUCGUCAGGCCCAACGGCUGCUGCUGCAUUGACGACCGGUUUUGCCGGAAUAUUUUUACUCCGCUCAAAUCUUCUUCCUUAUUCCCAAAUAGGGACAUUCUUGGCUUUAAUUAUGUCAGUAAGUUGGAUAUAUGCUACUUUCUUCCUUUGUCCUUUACUGAAAAUAUUUGGAGGAAGCUCCUCUAAAGAACUAUCGACAGAUGAUAGAAAAUCUUUGUCGCGUGUAAGUUCUGUUUGUUCUGCUGUCCCUAAUUUGGAAAGUCAUGAAUUAGAGCAUUUAGCAGACAGUAACAGGACAAAUAUUACUUCCCAUAGUCCUUCUAGUAUUAGCGGAACGACUGUCGUUAUUCACGACGAUUUUGAAAAUUCGCUAAGUAAAAUUGAGAAAAAACCUAGUGACAUAAAUAAUGACUGAAUGUUUAAAUUUUAGCAUGUAGGUAGCUGGUUAAGAAAAGCUGUAGAUGUAAGGCUCAUUUUCGAAGUAUUAUUAUUAAUUCAACAGUAUUAAAACAUACAUGUAUUUUUUGUAUUGCCCUUUUUUCGAUCUGUAACUUAUUACCUCGUCAGUAUUUUGAAUUACGUUCUGAUUUAAAUAUAUUUUGUAAGUCAAGAUGAGGAACGAUUAUUGUGACAAUAAUUAUCACAUAAUUAUAUUUUCACACGACAAUACAAUAUCUAAACGAGCUUGGAUACUUGUUAAUGAAUUUUAUUCAGUUGCUUAUUUCUAAAAAUCGGUAUUUAUUUAGAUUGUAAUAGAAAAAGAAUAGUUAAAUUCAAAAUCCCAAAGUCAAAAUACAUUGGAAAUUUGUGUCAAUUUUUAUAAUAUUAUAUAAUCAUGAUUAUUUUUAGACGAUCCAUUAAUGUUUUAUUUUAAUUUUAUAUUAUUAGGUAAUGUACUUAAGUAUCAAAUUGAUAUAUAUCUAUUGCAAUGUUACUUAUUGAUACAAACUGUAUGAUACAUAUAUUUCCAACAAAAUGUAACAUUAAAUCAAGUACUUAUCAAUAAAUUGAUUAAUACUAAUAUGUAUCUCUUGGAUUUAACAAAAUUGCUAACUAUAGAUUAUGUAACUAAAUAGUUAAUUUAUGCUCUAUUCGAUACACAUAGUAUUAUAUGUUUAAAUGUACCUACUUAUAAGAAAAAAACAAAAAUCACUGUCUCAAUGUAUUCAAACAUAAUGAAAUAUUUUUGUUAAAAUUAUACUGUGCCAUAAAAAUUAAGAUGACGAUAAUCAUACUAAGAUCUGUAAAUAAUGAAGUAUUGUAAAUCGUAAGAUAUUAAAUAUUAUAUUAUUUGCAUUUACUAAAAUAUUGAUAUCAAUUAUAUUGGUGUUAAUAUUUGUAGAAUUUAUGUACUUUUGGUUUAAGAAUUACCUAUUGUACUUAACAAAAUGGUAUUAUAUGAAAUGUAAGUUUAGGAGAAAAUAAAAUGUUAAUUUUCUAAAGUG